AAAAGGAAAAAAAUUGGAACUCCAGAGGAAGGAAGGAAGAGUGAGAGAUGGGUAUGGCGAGGAAGAUAAGCAAAGAGGAAGUUGUAGAGAAGCUUAAGGACGACGGAGAUUUUGAUCGCCUUCGUCUUAAAAUCAUACGCCGCCUCAAAGAUAACGAGGAAUUACGGAACAACAUGAUAGCAAUUGUCAAGGAGUCAACAGCUUUGAAACGACAGGGUGCUCAAAAUAUGAAAACCAGGCAACUUUCUGAUGCGAUAUUCGAAGAAGUCGGGAGCAAGAUGCUAAGCCAGCUCUCAGAUGGAUUGUGGGGGAUAAUAAGAUCAGAGGACGGGAUGAAGAAUGAAAUCAGAGAAACCGUGCAAUCCGUCUACGCCACAUUAUCUAACCCGGGAGGCGAGAAAUGUGGAACAUCUGCUAGAAAAGUGGAACAUAAGAUCCCAACACCAUUCCCAGAAACAAGAGCUGAUUCCAAAACCAGUCCAGCGAGUAAACAGAAGCAAGAGCUGGUUCAAAGAGUUGUAGAAGAUAACAAAGGAGAAGCAUGUAGUGAUGAUAAUGAAGAAGAUCCUGAACUCCCUCCUGGUUUUGGCUAAAAAUGUUUUUGAUGUAUCAAUAAAACUCCCUGAAACAUUUAAUUGCGUUUAAGGUAAUAACACUAACUGUUUGUAAUAACAACAAUUACUCUACUUCACAAGUUAGGUGUUUAAAAACGUUAA